CUCUCCACAAGCACUAACAAAAAAACAGACACACCAAAAAAACGCGACCAUGCAGGCUUCUCUACUGGGCAACGCCAUCUCAUGGGCCCCACGGCCGUCGGUUGUUCGGCGGAGCGUGACAACGGCGGUGGCGGCUCCGCCGGGGCAGAUGCUGAAGCACCAGGGGAAGAGGCACUCGAUGCCGCCGGAGAAAAUGGAAGUGUUCAGGUCGCUCGAAGGUUGGGCCCAAGAAAAUGUCCUCCCUCUCCUCAAGCCCGUUGACGAGUGUUGGCAACCCGCUUCGUUCUUACCCGACCCGACCCGACCCGACUCCGAGUUCGCCGACCAGGUGAGGGAGCUGCGGGAGAGAACGGCGUCGUUGCCGGACGAGUACUUGGUGGUGUUGGUGGGGGACAUGAUAACGGAGGACGCAUUGCCUACGUACCAGACGAUGAUAAACACUCUUGACGGCGUUAGAGACGAGACGGGUGCCAGCACGAACGCCUGGGCGGCUUGGACGCGUGCUUGGACGGCGGAAGAGAAUCGCCACGGCGAUCUCCUCCGCACCUACUUGUACCUCUCCGGUCGCGUCGACAUGGUCAUGGUCGAACGCACCGUCCAGUACCUCAUUGGCUCCGGCAUGGACCCAGGAACAGAGAACAACCCAUACCUAGGGUUUGUCUACACAUCCUUCCAGGAGAGAGCGACCUUCGUCUCCCAUGGCAACACCGCCAGGCUCGCCAAGAACGCGGGCGACCCGACCCUCGCGAGGAUCUGCGGCACCAUCGCCGCUGACGAGAAGCGCCACGAGAACGCAUAUGCCCGUAUCGUCGAGAAGCUCCUCGAGGUUGACCCAAACGGCGCCGUUUCCGCCAUCGCCGAUAUGAUGAGGAAGAGGAUCACAAUGCCGGCUCACCUCAUGACCGACGGCCGUGAUCCGUCGCUGUUCGAUCACUUCUCCGCCGUCGCGCAGAGGCUGGGGGUCUAUACGGCGGAGGACUACGCCGGGAUACUGGAGUUUCUGAUCGAACGGUGGGGGUUGGAAAAGAUGGAGGGUUUGACGGCCGAGGCUAGGGGUGCACAGGAAUUCGUGUGUGGAUUGCCGCAGAGGAUUAGGCGGCUCCAGGAGAGGGCCGAUGAGAGGGCUAAGAAGAUGGAGCCACGUGGCGUUAGAUUCAGCUGGAUCUUCGACAAGCAGGUCAUGCUGUAACCGCAAACUAAAAAAGGAACACAAAAUAGGAAACAAUGAAAUAGGAAAAAGGGAGAAACAAUCAAAAGCCCUUCUCCUUUUGUCCUCCUUUGCUGCUGCAAUUUUUUUUUUUUUUUUUUUUUUUUGUAAUUUGUUUAAUAAAGUUCUUUUCUUUUCUUUUUUUUCUUAUUAUAAAGUUUUCUUUCAUAUACAUUGAAUGGGGGUUUUAUA